UAUUUUGGUGGAGAUCUACCAUAAUUCACAGCUCAAAAUAAGCAUGAGAAACUGUGAAUAGAUAUUUGGAAAUUUAUAUUUUUCUGGGUGGCUGUGUGAAGAGGCGUUUAAAACUGCUAAAAUACCUGCUAGUUUACAUGAGAACUGUUAUUUUUCUACAUAUCUGUCCUUUCCAGAGGGUGCUUUCAAGUAAAAUACAUUAAUUGGUUUGGAAUUUAAACAAUAGUCUAGUUAUGGUCGUACAUUAUAAAACUGCUACUUUCUUAUUACAGACAUUUGUAUUUAGAGUUAAUUCUGGUGUUUGGCUAUUGUUAAUUGUGCAGAACCAGCAAAACUAAGAGAGAGCCAGCUGGAUCCUAUUUUCGCCCACACUUCAUCAUAAAAAUGUCUUCUGCAGUUUGGUUAGAGAAGCUUUGACUGGUGAUAUAUGAUCCCUGGAUCUGCAUAGCUAGGAGUUAUUACAGAUGUAUUUUACAUGUAAACAGUACUGAUUUAAUGUGGAAAAUAUUGAAAUAAGCAUCCAACUGUAUGUAUAAUAUCAAUUCUAGUCUCUGUUUAGAAUUUAACCUCACUUUUCACAAUUCAGAAUUCUAUUGCAACUCACCAUAUCUGUUUGCUUGUGCUACCUAAAUUCUCUCCACUUCUCCAAAUAAACAAAUCUGAUUCCCUCCCACCAUACAGAUAUAUGGCCAUGGGAUUGAAUUGGCUUGCCAAAAACAAAAGGAAUUUGUGAAGAGCUCUGUGGAAUGCAAAUGGAAUCUAGCAGAGGCCCAGCAGAAACUUGGUAGUUUAGCACUACAUAACUCAGAGUCCCUUGACCAGGAACAUGCCAAAGCACAGACUGAUGCUUCAGAAUUGAGACAAAGGGAGGAAGAAUGGAGACAGAAAGAAGAGGCGCUAAUACAGAGGGAAACACAAAAUCUAUGGAACAUGGAUUCUGUUAGCAAGGACGUAUUUAAUAAGAGUUUUAUUAACCAAAAUAAAAUAAAAGAAAUAGAAGAUGAAGACAAAUCCAAAUCAUUCAUGCAGAAACAUGAACAAAAAAUUAGACAUUUUGGCAUGCUAAGCAGAUGGGAUGAUAGCCAGAGAUUUUUGUCUGACCAUCCAUACCUUGUAUGUGAAGAAACUGCUAAAUAUCUCAUUUUGUGGUGUUUUCACCUAGAAGCUGAACAGAAAAGAGCUUUGAUGGAACAAGUAGCACACCAAGCAGUUGUAAUGCAGUUUAUUCUAGAAAUGGCCAAAAGUUGUAAUGUGGAUCCUCGAGGAUGUUUUCGUCUAUUUUUUCAAAGAGCAAAAGCAGAAGAAGAAGGUUACUUGGAGGCUUUUAGAAAUGAACUCGAAGCAUUCAAAUCAAGAGUGAAAAUCUGUUCUCAAUCACAGAGCUUUCAGGCUAUGUCCGUUCAGAAUCCCAUUGCCAAUACUGGUCUCAGCUCCUUUGGAAUGUUGGAGUUUUUGCCACAGACUUCAGACUCUCUUCAAAGCUACGUGAACACAGGUCUUUGUAACUUAAACUCAUUGGUACAGAGAGAUGAUGAGGAAUCCAAAAUGAUGGACACAAUAUAAUAUUCUUAAGACUGAGGCCAAGUACUUUUAUUACAAGGAAAAGAACAUGGCUAUCUUUUUUACACUUAUUUUUUCUGGGUGCUGCACUUUAUUUUUUGCAUUUUGUUUGGGGGUGGUUUUUUUGGAAGGAGAAUAAUCCAGAAACACAUUUGUCAUGUUUGAAAAUGUGCUGCUAGAAUUUUGGUUCCCUUUUAGGAGAGGGAUUCUCAUCUGUUACCGAAUGUGAAACUGGAUGUUUUUUCUGCUACUAAACUCGCCUUUUAAUCUUAAUUUUAGGAAUCAAA